AUGCCCAAAGUGAUACACACCUCCCUGAGGGAAGCCCGCACCCUUGAUAGGGAAGACAGCGUGUCCAGUCUUUGGAUUUGGAAUUCAGGAAAUCACGCAGAUACCAUACUGACAUCUGACGAUGAUGACAGCAAGUGGCAGUACAAUCAGAGCAUGUCUCCUUCCAAUCAAAGGCUUUCCAUUGAACGCUCGAGUCUUGUCUUGUCUCGAACCCCUUCCAGCCACAGCAGCUCAGAAUCCAAAAAGCUGAGACUGUCCGUGGAGAGUCAACAGCUUCUUGCCUUUUCUCAAUCUCCAUCACCAGUACCUUCCAAGCUUUCUGUUUCAGCUUCCGCCGAAACCCUAAAGUCCAGUCUCUUGGUUUCACCGACAGCAGCUACAACGAAGAAGAACAAACUGUCCUUUCAAGACAUGGAUGUUCGUCAGACUCCACCAGCAUCCAAAGAUGGCAAUAGCCGAAGCAAACAUUCGUACAAUUCAGAUGAUUAUGGAUCCGUUGGUGAAUUCUCUUUACCAGAAGAGGAAGACAUUGGUGAAGAAAAGCAGAGUAGUUCGUACAGUCUGAAGAAACCGCCUCCGCCUCCAUCGUACGAAGAAGAAGAACCGACCGAGCGAGAGAGCGAUUCAUUCACCUCCCCGGCCAUGAGCAUAUCUAAGUAUGUCAAGCGCAUUGGAACCUCACCGCACUCGAGUGCAACCUCCAGUCUUCUUCUCCAGGCUUCUGACUCAGAUGUUAUGCAACCAAGAGUGAUGGAGGAUGAUGAUAUGGAUUCCUACAUCUCGGAAGGUGAGGAGCAGGAUAUUCAGGAUACGGAACAUAUACGAGAGGUGCUACUCGUAGACGAAGACAUUAAGGAUACGGGACACCAACGGGAAGUACCAGUACUAGACGAAGACAUUAAGGAUACGGAACAUCAACGGACGAGCCCUGGGACAGUACCGGUAUCGGAAGCAGCCAUGCGCCAGAAGAAAAUUGAUACCGAACUGAACGGUAUGAUUGAAGAAAUGAUGCAAUCCGAUGACUUUUACGAAGAAGAGGACAUGGAACCCGAAUCCUACCUGGCACUCAUGCGCGCCGCCAAGGAAAUCUGUUACACUCGAAAGUACUUCGAUGUUUCGGCCGACAAGAUCAUUUACUUUCCAAGCAUCAGCAAAACGAUUGUUCACAACGAUCUCUUUGAGAAAGCCGAGGAAUACUACUUUGAGGAAGGUGAUGAGUUCCCAAUGGACUACAUUAUGGCUCUGCGCUCCAUUGCUCUGGAUCGAAUGGUAGCUGAUGAAGAAAACGCUGGCAGUCAACAUAAUGAUGAAUUGGACGAUGAUACCAUGCAUCGUAUCUCCAUUCGCGUGCAACGAACGGAAACUGACCAGGAUGAACUUCAGGCACUCAUUGAAGCUGCGGAAGCCGAAGAUGCACACGCAGAAAAAGAAGAAAGCGCCCACUCGGUUGCCCUCCAAGCAGCAGACAAGGAAGAGCAGCGUCCAAAUGUCGCUGAGUCUCAGGACCAGAAUACAAUGUGGUGGGAGGUGGCUGCUGAUACAGAAGACAAGUACAAGCAACGGGAGCGACUGUCGGUCGUUAUUCUCGGUGCCAAAGCACCACCACAAGUCUCGGAAGAAGUCGAUCCUACUGUCGAGGAGGAGGUGGUGGAUGUGCGCAAGCCAACAGCUGUGGAAAUGACUGAGAAACCUCCUCAAGUCUCGGAACAAGAUCCUGUCGAGGAGGAGGAGCUGAAUGUUCCUAAGCCAACUGUUGUGGACAAGGCUGAUAAACCGAAGGUUAGCCGAGCCUCAUGGUGGAACAUUGGUCCAAAUUCCAAAUACGAAAUCUCGGAUGAUGAUGACGACGAGGAAUUAUUAGAAGCCUCGGAAUCUGAUAAUGAUUCAGAAGCCUCUGACAAGGAGAGCGAAGUUGAACAAUCAGAAAUGCCUCUGGAAAAUGAGGACGAUGGUGAUGUUGUUCCACAACCAGCUGCCUCGGAGACUGGCAAUGGUGAUAAAGACGGCAAUGAUAUCUUUAAAUGGUUGCGCGGCGGAAAGUCCAAGCAGUCUGAUGGUCCAAGCAGAGUCACGAAUCGGAUCAGUCUCUUAUUGCCUACCAAGAAGGCACCUGAACCGAUUUUGAUGGAAAGAGAAGACGAAGAGUCUGCCCCAAAGUUGAUGAAAGUACAUGAGCAGUCUGAAGUCACAGACAAAGAAGAGUCCGACCCGCCGACAUUUGAACACGAGACGCAAGAAAUUGAAGCCACCAGCAAGGAGUCAAAUUCAGAAAUCUUGGAAGCAGCUCCUGCUGGCAGUGUGGAUGGUGUAUCCCAGGAGACUCCACAGUCAGCGCGCAGCACUGAAGAUGUAUCCGGCUACAAAGUCGAACAAAUGACGCCAAAGACGAGGAGACGCAACAAGAAGAUUACUUCCGUAUCGACUGCUUCUACACCGCUUGAGGAAGAGCAAAGUGCCAUGAAGACAGACGAAGCAGCUGUGAAAGCCAUUCCUGAAAGCAUGCCUGAUCAGGAGACAAAAGGCAUGGAAGAAGCUGAAAAUGAUCAACGUCUUGAAACAGUGGUGGCGGCAGAAGAUGAAACCAUUGAUGACGAUUCGUCAGAUACUGCGAGCUUCGAUGUCAAGAAUAUUGUCGUUGUGUCAAAACAUGACAGGGAAGACGAAGGAAAUCACAACCAUGACAGUGCUAUAUCGUCGCUUCACGCAAACGCAUAUGGUGAUGAAAAUGAUGCUACUUCUAGAGGCGCCAUGGCUAGCCUUCAAUCGUUGAUAAUGACAAGCACUGAAUCGGAGCAGACUGAUAAUGAAGAAGUUGUACACGGCAAUCUUAGCUCGGUUGUCAAUUCUACUUCAUCAGAAACCAAGAUUCAAGUAUUGCCGAACAGCGAUGGUGUAUCUGGAACGUGGUCUCUUGGAGGAACCUACGAGAACGCUUCGAAGGAAGAUAUGGUUGGGUUGCUAAAAACAAUUCAGGAGGACAUCACGAUGUUGAUAAAAAAUGUUGAAAACGGUGGAGAUCGAAGUCAAACUCGCGACAACUCCACCACUGGAUCAGAGGCUUCUGCGAGCAACGCCUUCUCUUUAGUCCUGAGGCCAGGAGUGCAAAAAACUCUCAGCGGAAUCACCUUGACUUCAACGAACGUACCAAACAAAGGGGGUAACAAGGCCAAGUCUACUACGCGCAAGAAGAGAAAAUCCGCAUCCAGUGAAAGUGGCUGGAUAAAGGUAGCAAUGAAAUCUCCAGAACGCUCCGAACGUACCGCCGUCAGAUCGAACAAGGCUCGAGGUACCCCGUUGACGAAUCUGUCCAAUGUUACGGAAGAAAGUAUGGUACCAGAAGGAGAAGACAAAAUUACUUGGACCUUCACAAACAAAGAGGGACGAAAACCAGCUUCACCACGAUCAGGAAAGCGGACAACCAGAAAAGGAAGGCGGAAGUCGACUGGAUCUCAUGAUGAGGCCUAUGAUUUUUACGAUCUGCAAGAGGCCUUCAAGGAGUCUUCUGAUGGAGCUUCUCCUCGAGGGCGUUCGAUUCCUCGAAGUCAGCCUAGCUCCAAGAUUGAACAAUCCAAAUCCUUUUCAUCAGCAGGUUCUUCCAAGGCUUCUCGGAAAAGCAUGCCCAAGAAGAAGAGAUCUAAAUCAAGUUCAGGCAGUCAGAAGCGAUCGUCGUCCCCAAAGCCGCGAAGAUCUGCCUCUGUGGAAUGUGGGACAGUUCCUCCCAAACUAUCCUCUCCCAAGCGAGUGAGCAAAAAGAGCCUGAAGGAACCUCUUGGAUUUGAGUCCUCAAAUGCCGGACAAUCUUCUUUUCCCCGCAAGCAUUCGUCCGCAAAGGUUCGACGCCGUUCUACUUCAGUAGAAAAUCUGAAGGAUCGUCGGAAUCCAACUUUCACAAAGGUUAGGCGAUCUUCCUCUGUGUCCGCUUUGAUAGAUCCUCCUCAACCAAAGUCCAAGAAAGAGAAAAAACCGCCAUCGAAACGAUUUUCAACUGGUCUUGAAAUGGUCGAGAACUUGAAUCCAUUUGCCCGCAAGUCGACUGGUGACAGCGAGAACAGAAAAGAAAAGAUACGCGAGAAGAAAGAAACUAGCCUACGCAAUCUUAGUCGGAAAUUGGAUAAAACCAUUGGUAUUCAACAAAGCCCCCCCGUUGAGGGAAAGAAGAAGAAUCCCUUGGACCUGCCAGCCAAAACCAAAGAGGUCGAGGGUCUUCGAGAAAAGCUUCGAAUGUCAUUCGCCAAAGUUAUCAAGAGCUCCUAG